AUGCAGCACGUUGGUCUUUUCUACCAUCUCUCAACAGAAACUUAUGAGUCAUUUCGAUUGGACUUUGGAGAUGUCCACAUCCCAUUUCAUAAGCUCUUAAAAGAGGCGGUGUCGGCUCCAUAUCUCAUGAACGAGCUCCUAGCUCUUGCUGCCAUACAUCGGAGCACCUUGGACCCGAGCGAAGAAGCCUUUUAUCUACACCAGGCGACUGAGCUACAGACGCACGCUUUAUCCAUACUCAACGCGAUGAAACCUCAAGUCAACGACGAAACCUGCGUUCCACUUUUUCUUUUCUCUUCAAUUCUCGGCUUACAUGAGAUGUGCAAAACUUUCAUUUUCCGGGAGACCGAAUUCGAGCCGUUCAUGGAGAAGUUUGUUCGGUAUCUUUCCUUGCAUCAAGGGGUCAGAGCAAUCACCAGUGGCUCAUGGCACAUCCUGAGUGAGAGCAUUCUGAGCCCGCUUAUAAAACAAGGCGAAUCUGUUCUUCCUGUGGGUGCGCCUCUGGGAGAGCUCUGCUCGCCACUGCAAAAUCUGAUCGAGUCAGCCGACCUCCCUCAUGAAGAUAUUGUCAGUUGUGAGCAAGCCAUUUCAUCAUUGCAGUCUGUAUUUAGUUCAGCACCUUCGGGUACGCAAGGAAAGCUCAGCAUCCAUUCUAUCUUGGCUUGGCCUGUGAUAUUAUGCCAGGGAUACACUGACUUGUUGAGACGAAGAGAGCCACAUGCCUUGGUUAUUUUAGCAUAUUUUGGAGUCGUGGUGCAUUAUCGUACUGACAUGUGGAUGUGUGGGGAUGGUGGCGCGUUUUUGGUGAACCUCAUAAGUCAACAUCUAGGUUAUGAAUGGUCUGACUGGCUGGCCUGGCCAAUUCAGGCCAUUUCUUAA